AUGCCUGGCUCAAAGGCCAUCGUCACCCUUUAUCCGCUUGACGUAUCGGAUGUCCUUCCAUAUCGUUCCUUGACCUUCACGUCGGACUCUGAUCAUAUCGAGGUUGGCCGCGCCUCGAAACGUGAGAGUAAGAACCUCAUCCCUACCAACCAUAAUGGACUGUUUGACUCUCGCGUAAUGUCUCGGAAUCAUGCAACAUUGCGUGUAUGUUUAAACAACAAGACGGUCUAUCUCAGUGACGGCAACUCUAUGCACGGUACCUGGGUGAACGGCGAAAAGAUACGCGCUGGGGAGGCCACUAUUGUCAGAAGUGGGGAUGAGGUGAUUUUUGGAACAGAGGUUAUUCGUGGUCAUGAGACUUUCCCCCCACUCAAAGUUCGCUGUGAACACCAGUGGAUAGAUUCUGGUGACGAGGUUGUGUUGGAUGUUAGCAACAACCACCAGGCGAAGCGGGCAACUAAUACGUUCUGUGUUCCCGACGAUGACGAUGAUUAUGAUAAUGAAGUGAUUUAUGAUUCAAUCCCAGCCCCAGUAGUGACGGCUGUUGAAAGUAGCUCUGAGUCUGCUGACUCCGAUCCUGGCUCGGAUUCAGAUGACGACUCAGUCAUGGAGAUUUCCUCCCCAAUUACUUCUCCGCCUAAAGGUGGUGACAUCAUCGGAUCACAGGAAAGCCCGAUUGACGUCGAUAGCGAACAAGCUGAACAGCCUCUUGCAACCCCAAGAAUGACUCCACCCUCAACCGUUGAUGUCGCAGAGGAGAUCAGAAACAAGGUUCACGAACGGCCCUCCCAUAUCCUUCACAGCCCAGAAAGUACAAUAGUUCUGGUCUCUGAAGAACAGUCGGUUGCCGAACCUAGUGUCUGGGAGAGCGAGGAUGACGACCAAGCUGAUUCCAUGAAUGAAUCAAUGUCUGAGUCACAGUCGGAAUAUGAUGGCGAAGAAUCUGACCCAGAUAGGCUUUCCGUGAGAUUGAGUCCUACGCCAUACAUGGCUAUCAAUCAGGGUAUACAAGCAAACACGACAUGUGGUGAUUAUGAUGCUCCGAAUAGGGGUUUUUAUUCGAAGGGCAAGAAAGCAGAGGGAUGCGCACCAGAUCUUACCCGUCAGACCGCGGCCAGCUGCGGAAUCAGUAUUCCUCUCUUUAACACUACCUCUCCGUGUCUUGAUGAACCGAGCACGUCUUGGCCGGACACUGUCAGAGAUGGCGCGAACUCCGGCCUCCCUUUACAUCCGAGCGGAAAAUUAUUUGAUCACUCACUUGCAGGGCUCCAUUGCACUACUUUCACACAGGCCAUGGAGCCUUGGCAAGCGCACGCUGCUCACGGUCCAGCCUACCCCUUUUCAGAUCACUGCAGCCCACGCCCUCCUUACAAAGAUGGUCCAUUUGUCAACUCGCUAUCCCAGUUUGUCGAUAGUAAUGAUCGAGAUGACACUGUUGUCCCUACCGUUACCGCGGCCGCCCCUGGCAACGAAAAUAUGCAGAGCCGUUCUACUGAUAUUGAGAUCCGUCCAACGGAGGCGAGUGACGACACUAAUUUGAGUAAAGUUGGCGUACAAUCUUCAUCACUUCUAGAGAAAAUGCGUGGGCCAGAGUGCGAUACGCUUGCAUCACCCCAUAAUGAUGUUGAUCCAUCGUCAAAAGCUACGGCCAUACCUAGGCAGGGACUCAAGAGGAAAGCAUUGGAUGCAGAGAUUAAUUCUCUGGAUGACGAUAAUGUUGUUAUUCAGGAUACUUACCCCUGUACUGAGAACAAUUUCUCGGUGGAUGAGAGACCUACGGUGGAAGAGGAUGAUUCAUGUCUUCCUGAUGCCCAGCCACAUAUCACUGUACCCGAAUUUGGAACCGUACCAUCACAACUUACUGAAUUACCUAUUACACACGCAUCUCAAAAGUCCGAUAGCUACCCCCUCCCUACUCCAGCCAAUGGAAGACCGUCGAAGCGGUUGAAGACUUCUGAAACGGCAAAUUUCAAGAGUCAUGCUGCUACUGCUGCCCUGGGCGCAGUGGUUGGUGCAAUCGGUACUAUUGCUAUCCUUGCCUCGCUCCCCGCGGAUUACUUUGCUUAG